AUGUCCGACGUAGAACCCCACCGCGAAGCUGAGGAGCUAGACGUGCGCGAUGACGAAGGAAACGAUGAGGUAGAUGGAACCACCCUCCCCGACGCCAGGCGUCAACGACACUCGAACGAUACAAGUGCUGAUGGCGAUUCGCAGGAAGAGAUCACCGCGAUGAAGCGACGUGUGCAGGAGAUGGAAGCAGAAGCCGCGAAACUGCGCGAGAUGCAGAACAGCCUAGACCAGACUGCAAACGACCUGCGCGAGAACAAGGAGGACGUAGACGCCCGCAGCGUCUUCGUUGGCAACGUCGACUACGGCGCCUCGCCGGAGGAGAUCCAGGCACACUUCCAGAGCUGCGGCAGCAUCAACCGGGUCACUAUCCUGCUGGACAAGUUCACCGGCCAUCCUAAAGGGUACGCGUAUGUCGAGUUCACUGAGCCCAGCUUGGUUGCUCAAGCCCUAGUCAUGAACGAGAGCGUGUUCCGGGGACGUAAUCUAAAGGUAGUUGUCCCCAAGCGAACAAACCUCCCAGGCUUGACUAGAGGCGGACGUGGUGGCGGUGGUGGACGAGGAGGAGGCCGUGGCGGACCUUACGGUGGACGAGGCUCUCCAUAUGGAGGCCGAGGAGGCGGCUACGGUCCCCCUGCAUAUCCUCCUAGAGGCGGUGGGUGA